UCGCGCGUUCGCCAGUCGUGACAGAACGCUCGCGGAGCGCGCACCGCGGUGCAGCCUUCGCCGUGCGUUUCGAGUAUCUCAAGUCUACCUCGAACUCUAUCAAAUUCUCUUCGAGGAAACUCUCUCAUACGUUACAUCUCGAUGUUCGUUACCCGAUGUCUUCUUGAAUAACGAUUUACGAUUCAGAACACACUUUCUGUGAAAUGCGCGAAGCGAUUUGUUUAUGUGAAACCGUAUGACUCGAGAUGCGCGCCGGAAGUCCCCCCUCGUGCAUUUCUGUCGACGCAAGGCGAUUGUGACGGUGAAUCCGUUCGAGUGUUGUGAAUAAGUCGCACUAAAUUAAAUUACUCUCUGUUUUAAAACAGUGAACUUGGAUGACUUCGAUGCCGCACGUUCAUCAGUUUUGAAUGUUUAGCGGGUAUUGAAGCGCGGACUAUCGCGAGUGCGCAGACCGCUCUGCUGCGAAUUUAAUUAAAAAGUAAGAACCAGGAGGAAUGUUGAAGCACGUGUCGAUCUCGCCUUGGAGAGGACGGGCGGACAGCGUGAGCCUCUCUUCCAGCGGCGGCGCAAGUAGCUGCGGAAGCGGAAGUCCUACCCCCGGUCACACACCGCCACCCUCGAGAGCGUCCUCAUGCGCGUCCCUAGCGCCCUUAACCGCCCUGUCGAGUUUCUCCCCGGCUGAUACCGCGCCCCAACAGACCACUAUUAAGGUCUACGCCAACUGUCUGCGACCGGACAUCGAAUACAAGACUCUAAGCAUCACAUACGAGACGACUUGUCGCGAGGUUGUGCAAAACCUUCUCAACAAGUAUCGCAUGAGACACCGCGACCCCCGGCUGUUUUAUCUGACCAUGGAAGUGACCGUGAGGAGGGCCAACGUGCGUACAAUCCUGCCACUCGAUGAGGACGCGAGGCCAGCCGUCCUGCAAUCCUGCCAUCCUCGCGGCGAUUCCAAGUUUUCGUUGCAGACGCACCGUGGUGGACUCGUCAAAAUAUACGACAGCGCACUCAUGUCCGGGUCCAAGUACAAAAGCCUUCUGGUCUCGGAGCAGACCACCGUAGACGAGUUGAUCCAAAUGCUGCUAAGUUGCUACAGCUCCAAGGAAGCGGUGGAGCAAUUCUCUCUCUACGAGGUCUGCGAAGGUGAAGAGUACCAAAGGAAAUUACACCCCGACGAUUCUCCACUCAAGGUCACUCAACGGUGGACCAGUGCGGAUCGACAUCUUCGCAUUAGGCGCAAUCCAGAUUACAACCAACACAGGCGGAAGAGCAUGUGGGCGUCGGACUCAAGCAUCACCAUGGCGAUGUCGAGGCUGAAUCUUCACGAUAGUCUUCCCAACUACAAUCCACAAAUCGAAAACAAUAAUCAUUUGAGCCUACAUCAUCUCGCUGGAAAAACUAGCGUCGUCGCUAAGAACAACAACAACAACAAUAACAACAACAAUAUCCAUCGGGAUCAGUAUCACUCGUUGUCGCUAGGUUCCAUCGGCCAGUCGUCGCGAAUCUUCGUGUCCCACGGAACGGAUCUUCCGCAGGUGCAGCUGCCACGGCUGCAGCAAUUCCCGCAGAGCGUUCCGUCAACGCCGCUCUCAUCGAAACACGUGACUGCCUCCUCCUACGCCGAUUACGAGAAUUAUCUCUUUAUAUAAGGGCCGAAUCGUUAACAAGCUUGCGUAAGCGCGAUCGAAGUUAAUAGGAUUAAGCUGCAUCGAUCGCGAAAGUUCACUGCGCAAAACGGUCAGAGUUACCAGAGAUUCAUUGAAAAUACGAGAAAUAUAUAUAUAUUGCGAAUAUCUGAUAGCUUUUGUCUUCGUUGUAAUAUUUAUGUCCAUUUUCAAUAUAGAUUAACGUUGACCUUAAUUUAUUUUUUUCUAGUUUUAAGAAUUAGAAAAAGAUAAAAUGUAAAUUAAACCGAGAUCAAAGUUAAUUUGCAUUGAUGAAAAUAGACAAAAAAAAAACGAAAUACUAUGAGUAAUACUGUAAGGCGCGAGCAAACGUGUACCUUCGAUUUUAAUUAAAAAAGCUUCCAUUUUUUCGUCGCAGAUUUAAAUUUGUUGAACUACCGUUACUUGUUUCAAUUGAUAAUUCGGUAAAAUUCAUUAAAAAAACAUAAAAAAGUAUAAUUGAUAAUUACAUGAUAAUUUUUAAAUAAUAAAAAAAUUUCCUAAACGAAAGAAAAGUUCAAGAAGAAUAAAAUUGCAAUGCUUGUUUGCCGCUUGUAUUUCAGCUGAUUAAAGGCUGAUAACACUGAACAAAGAGAAUUUACGAUAUUAGUAGUGAGGGAAAUUGUACCAAAGGUAGAAAUAUAAAAUAUAGAUACGUAGUAUAUAUAUCUAUAUAUAAAUAAUAUGUCCUGCAUUUAUAAAAAUGUGUAGAUUUUACUAAGUCUGAAAUAAGAUUUUUCGAUCAUUUUGUAAACAUGUGUUCAACAUUCGAAAAAAUAUCUAGCAAACAAGAUGGCAUCAAAUGACGUUUCAGUAACGUCUUAUUGACGUUAGGGACACCAUUAAGAUGUUAUUAAAAUGUGAGUUCAUGUCUUGUUUUUGCUGGGCAAUAUCAAGUCGAUAUCUUGAUAAUAAAUGUUUUAUAUUUUCAAUAACAUUAGUCAAUAGAGAACUUUGGUAAAACCGUGAUUGCAUAGAGUUCGAAAAUAAGGCUCGCUUGCGAGAAGCGAUUUAAGAUGCGCAAAAAAAUGAUUAAUAAGGAAAGAAAUAUUAUUAUUUAUUUAUAUAAUGUAAAAAGUAUAUGUAAAAGGCAUUUAGUUUAGCUCGGUUAUAAAAGGUUUUAAAUUAUUAAUACAUUCACUUCGAAAAUUUCGUGCAAUCCGGCUAGACAGGAUACCGGAUAUAUAUCCCGUGCAUGUAAACAUUACGAGCGGGAAAUGUUUAAGUAACACUCGUCGUUAUCGCGUUGAAGAAUACCGCGAGAAAUUGUAAUAACCACUUUCAACAGUAUACGUAUACACUUACUGUUCCUCUUGCAAUCGUUUGCGAUUACAGAAACGUACGUAAUUUAGUACGUCAGACAAGUUGUAUGAUUGUAAGCAUACCUCUUUUGCAAAGGCAAACAAUCUUAUCGCAUUGAAUUAACAUCUGAAAUUGUUUGAAACGCUUUGAAAAGUUACUACGCGAUAAAUUGGUAAUUCACGCGACUUCCUCGUGCUCGCACGGAAGAAAAAUGAAUCAAACUAUCUUUUCAACCGCAGUGCGUUUAAUAUUUUAUUACCAAAGAAUCCUUUCGGUACGAUACGUAUGUAAAAGUAUAAAGUAACACACGCGUGUGUCGAAUACGGCAGCCGAAUGUGCAUUUAUCUACACGAGUUUGAUGUGUACGUCGUCAGUAGCGAUGUGUGUGUCGAUGGGAUAUGAGGUCACGUCGCACUUAUGUGUCGAAUUAAUGUACCUACGUAGAAUGUAAAUAUCUUUUUUGUAUUGUCCGUUUAUAUUUUAUAGGAAAGAAUAUAGAGUAAUAAUUCAUGUGUCCUCAAAAUAUAA